UUUGUAGCUAUAAAUUGUGAGACUUGGAUUUUCUCAAGCCAUUCACCCCAUAGAGAAAACACAAGAGAAACUAAAGGAAAAGGAAAAAGAAAUAUAUAUACAGAGAGAUGGAGCUGGAUAUUAAUGAACAAAGUUUCUUACAGGAAUUAUUGGCUCUGAGAAGAGACAACUGGGACACAGUCCCACCACAAAUGAAUGACAUUUUCUCUAAUGGCUUCAACUUCGAUUGCUUUGAUGAUGCUUCAGCAGCUGCCGGUUUUCUUCCUCAGUCUUUCUGCCAAGAUUUCUCACUGCCAUUGGAGCAAGAUUUGAGUUUCAACUUCGAUGAAGCCUACGGACCAUUUGGCGAUGAAUUCUCUGCAGCGCCACAAGUGACUGAUACAUCGAGUAACACGUUCGAUACACUGCCGUUCCCGGUUCAAGACGAUCAUCGUCACUGGAUGAAUAUGGUGGAGGAAGAAGAAUGGGGGACCCUUGUAGAUGAAAUCAACAUGUUGGAUCCACAAGCACCCGCUUGCAAAGUAGAGCCUAUUAGAUCACCCGAAGCACCGGUUUUCAACGUUGGGAGCUGCAGUGUAGACCGCAACAAUCGAGCCAAGAGAUUAAAGGGUCAGCCAUCGAAGAAUCUAAUGGCCGAGAGAAGGAGACGAAAGCGGCUAAAUGACCGCCUUUCGAUGUUACGAUCAAUUGUUCCUAAGAUAAGCAAGAUGGAUAGGACAUCCAUACUUGUAGAUACCAUAGAUUACACAAAGGAGCUCCUUGAGAGGAUCAAGAGUUUGCAGCAAGAAAUGGAAGCAGGUCCAAAUGAGUUAAACAUGUCUCACAUUUUCAAAGAUGUAAAACCAAAUGAAAUCUUGGUGAGAAAGACACCAAAGUUCGAAGUGGAAAGGAGAAAUGUGGAUACGAGGAUUGAGAUUUGUUGCACGGGGAAACCAGGAUUGUUGUUGUCGACACUAACGACGUUGGAAGCAUUAGGCCUUGAUAUUCAACAAUGUGUUAUUAGCUGUUUCAAUGAUUUUGCAAUGCAAGCUUCUUGCGCAGAGGACUUGGAACAGAGAACAUUGAUAAGUUCUGAAGACAUAAAGCAAACGUUGUUUAGAAAUGCUGGAUAUGCAGGAAGAUGUUUGUAGGAACAAAACUGAAUGACUACAAAAGAAGCAGUUUUCUAGUGAUUAUUAUUAUUAUUUUUGGGUUCUAAAUUCUCUGUUUUAUUUCUAAAAUGAGCUUUUGAAUUGAUUGGAUUGUUAAUAAAUUUUGCCCUCUUAAACUGGAGUUGUUUAUUAAUGCAAAAUUCUUUAUUACUAAA